UCUGCGGAGAGGCCUAACGAGCCCCUCCUCCCCGACCGAAGCGCUGUCGUCAUUUGGAAGCGCAUCUGUUCCCCUUCCUGCCUAUGCCUGGCCGCGAGCCGUGCAGCAGCCACUCGGCCGCAGACGGUCCGCCGACGACGCGAGCCCAUGCCGCGACCUGCCGCCGCCGCCCUCGCCUCCUCGGGACUCCUGGUCCUGCUGCUGUACGCCCUCGCGGACACCGCGGCCGGAGCGAUCUCCCUGUCCAAGGCCGAGGUCGACGAGUUCUGGAAUCAAUACAAAGAUGACCAACGGCCCCUUUGCCCGAGCGCUGCCUCGGAGCAGCACCGCUCCAGGAGGGUGGUCGGAGGCCGGGACGCUGGUGAGCCUAUCCCAUUCAUGGCCAGCCUCCAAAAGAACGUGACCGGGCUGUCCAAACCCUUCCCGUUCUGCGGUGCCAGCAUGCUGACCGAGAGGCACCUCGUCACCGCUGCUCACUGCCUCAAAAAUAAAACGGCGUCCAUGCUGUCGGUGAACGUGGGCGACUACAACCUGUCAUCGAGCGACGACGCCCAAAAUGUGGUGCGCAACGUGCUGAGAUUCAUACAGCACGAGGAGUAUGUCAUCUCCACGUACGACAACGACAUAGCCGUGCUCACGCUCGUGGAGCCGGUGCCGUGGGAGUCUCUCACUACGGUAGUCCUCCCACCUGUCAACUCGGACCUGGCGCAGGACACCACGGUCUGCGUCAUGGGCUGGGGAAGGCUCCAGUAUGAGGGCGCCAAGCCGACCACCCUGCAGAAGCUAUGCAUGCCCUCGGUGAACAGGACCGAGUGCCAGCGGCCACUGACGCACAAGGUGAACACGAACAUGAUCUGCGCCGGUGGCCGCGAGGGCCAGGACGCAUGCGUGGGUGACUCCGGCGGCCCACUGAUGGUGCAAGUAGGCAACUACGAGGCGAUCUGCGGUAUCGUGUCAUUCGGCAAGAAAUGCGCCCUCAAGGACGUGUACGGCGUAUAUACACGAGUCGGUCUCUUUGUUCCAUGGCUGUACGCGAAGACUCGGGACGCCAAGUGCAAGCCGUCUAUCAGCGACGAAGCAAGCUACCCCGACGUGACCCAAGUCACCACCAAGCCCGAUCUACCGGAGCUAGUCCCCGACAACCACAUCUAGGCCGCAUCACACAGCCUCCGAUAUACUGGGUGUUAAGCGAUUCGCAAGACAUUUCCUUGAAAAGUGCGUAUGGUAAGGGGUCCUGGCGCUCAGAUGUGCGGUAAUUAUUGUCUUGUACCACGUUCGACGAAGGAACUUGCUUGGUUACUCUCAAGGGAAAGUGCAAUAAUUCAGCACUGUCGCUUGUGCAUGUCACCAAUUGUCAAACUACUACACAACUUUAAAUAGUUGCAAAGGAACCAGGGGAAUAGACGUCGUCACCAGAUGGGGGACUCGAAAAAAAUGCCAUAGAAUUACAUCUCGGCGCGAAGUUUGAGCGUUCAAGGCACGGUCCAAGACGCACUUUUCUUGAGAAAUACGGUUGUUUUCGCACAGCCCGUGCUGAGGUAAGAAACUGCUCUUGGGGGCUCACCUGCACUAGCAGUUUCGAACGUGUAGUUCAGUCCACGAGCACGGUGUCCGCAAUUAAGUGGCGCGGAGGAUGCAAAUAGAUGCGCGGCGCCACAGCUACACGACCGCGUCUCGGUUAGUGCAACCGCGAGUGCACGCGAGCCCCCAAGGUGGUUCCCGGUGAUGUUACGUUUACGAACGUGUUUUGUGUGGGGAGAUUACUAUGUCCAAAGCACGAGGCUUGGUUCUUUUUUUUUUUUUCUGCUUUUUGAGAAGAGCGCCAGACCUACGCACGCAUAUCUCGUGCGACAAGACGGAUGCCAAUAUAGCCCAGCCUCAUGCCGAAGGAUAAAGGAACGGAAUUUUCCCGCGCGAUUGCGCUAAUGCGUUUUUUGGCGUAGCUGGAACAUUCCGUAGCCGUUUUCUGAGAAUGCGGUGGACGCCGUGCGCUCCGUGGCCUUUCUGUAGUGGUCUGAUAACCUUUUGCAACAAAUGGCGGGAGAAAGCAGCCAGGUGGUUGGCUUCACUAGAUGUAGUUGCACUAGCGUCGCCAAAAAAUCAGAAGGGGUUCAUUCUCCCCCUUUGCUGACCGCACAUGCAGUUGGCGCCCGUCAAUCUACCGAGCAGCGAUUCUCCCGCCUUUUCAGCAGCGCGUCCACCUCAUUUAGGCAAGGCAACACUGAUGUCGCUCAAAAUUAAUGUGUGCCAAAGAUAACGGUGAUAAAAUUUGGGGGAAACUCGUCCUUUCAAUACACCACGUCUGAUAUCUAGUCAACUAAAUGGCCCCGGCUGUGUGCCACGGCGACCACCGGUACGGGGCAGUCGCUGAGUGCUGACGCUCAAGUGACACCGUAUGCUCCUCGCAAAAAAGAAAAAAAGAAAAACUAUUUACUCAAUAUUUCAAAAGUUUGAGGUCUCUUACUGUUGCACCUUAUAGGUAUUGCAUGACGAUUUACUAGUUCCAUCUUUGCUACUGUCUUGUGGAACAAAUGGGGCAAAAUAUAAAUGUCGCAUAUGUUAACAUUUUGUUCUACAGACAAAAAGCAACACUUUUUUCUUCUUUAGUUGAAGAGUGAGUGUUUGCAAAACGCGUGCAAAAGUAGACGAGAUUUAGACGCAUGACAGCUCCGUGCGUAGUUCAGAAGUGUGAGUUAGCGGUGUGUAAUUAAAUUGUGCUACUUCUCAAGUUACCGCUACCCAGUGGUAAACAUUUUCCAUAAGGUUCAGAUGGCUAUACUUGCGGAUGACGAACAUUGGAGCGGCGGUCACCUCAGUAGAUACGCGAUUAAUUCGCAAAGGAAAUGGAUAUAACGAUUCCUGGGGGCGAGCCUGCUGUGCAAAGCACGCCCGAAAUCGCGAGCGAAUUUUUAACUUCCCAAAUGCACGCAACCACAUAUCGCUUUCCUCCUCCCUCUCUUAAUUAAAAGUGGCGUGCUUACUCUGACCGAUUUUCAGUGCGCGACCUGCCUCCGUGCUCUGGAUAAGGCAGCCGCCCCUCUGCCGUGCACCUGCAAUAAAGUGGGCUGUUCCUGGCACACCACAGAUCGGCGGAAGCUCGAAUAAGUGCGCCAGCAUGCACCCGGCACCGUGUGCUCACAGGGCAACUGAUGAAAGAGGCCAACAUACACGCGCACGCAUACGCCGUGUCCUGAAAUAGCAGCUUGAGGAUCUGUGCUAGCAUCGCGGCACCAUGAAGCCAAGGUUCAGCAAUACAUGCAUACUGCUAAGCAGUUUGCAUGUAUUGCUGAACCUUUUUUUCGGUCUUAAGCUGGUGCGGGAACGUGCGCUUUCUGGGCGACUUGUGCCGACCUAUUGAGCUUAUCACUCCACACGACUGGCCUAGUGCCUUUUCGUCCCGUUUAUUGAGCCGCCAAGCGCACCAGCCAUCGCUUGCGAAAUACCAGGUGGCAAUCGGGUGACGCGCGCUGCCUAUAUAGCCAUUUAUUUUAUCGUGACCGUCAUUAGUACUCGAGCCGCAAGUUCGUCGAGACCCCGGGCAUUACGAUUGUUCGGGGCAUUAUUUUCUUCUCACGCCAUUUCAGAGGUGGUCAAAGUGAUCCUCUGCAGCUAAUGUGACCAUGGUAAAUUUCGACCACAGUGAAUCCGCCAUUUGCUCAAUGACCGCCUCGCUGCCGCUCACCUUGGAGCAGUGCUGGAGAGCACCAGACCACAUUUUUAGAACGCACAAAAGAAUUCGAAAUGCGAAAGAGUCUGUACCCCAUCUCACCAGCCCCGUGCAGUUCAAUGAAGCCUCGUAUCAGACAAUCGUAACGAUAAGCCGGGUUCUGGGAAGGGACGGGGACGCGCUCAUUGUGCGCCACUGAUCCUUCCGUGCUCUCAUUCAGUCCGGAGAAGAACCUUUCUGUAUUCUGGUUGGCUACCCGCAGCUUUCUCUACACUACACGGAGUUGGCGAGACAGUAGUGUAUAGGUGUGGUGCAUCAAUGAACAAGUUUAGCGAUCUCAGAGGUCAUGCUGGGAAGCAGGUUGUGCAUACCUCGGCCACAUUACACAAUUGUACAGGAACCACUGGUGAACAGCGCAGCUGAUUAAAAAUCACGCACGUGCUACAGACGUGCAACUGUUGUAAUGCCAGGGAUGUAUGCACUCGACAUUCACGAUGCUAACGAUGUCGUUUGUGGCACAGCCAAGCGGUGCACGUUCUGAAGACCAUGCUUUAUUGAACUGGGAUCAAGUGUAGGCGCAAUACCAGGGGCCGUAUUCUGAAACGUUCCACUUUGGCAAAAUUUCUUUUUUCGCUUUCAGGCGCGCGCUGAUUGGCUGGUUGAGCAAAAAUUGAAUGACGUCCGGCUCAACCAGCCAAUCAGCUCAUCCAAUUUUGCUAAAACAGCCAAUCAUCGCGCGCCUGAAAGCGAAAAAGAAAUUUCGCCGACGUUUCAGAAUACGGCCCCAGGUCAUGGACACAACAAGGAACAACAGUGUGCUGUGUGCCUGUCCUUCUUUCUUGUGUCCAUGUCCUGGUGUUGCACUACACUUCAUCCCAAUUCAGUAUGGCUGACCAACAAGCCCACAUCGCUACCCUUGUCAAUCGUGCCUUCAACAUGAGUACGAAUGGUGGUCAAAAAUGUCCAAAGACCUGCAACUACCAUGUGGUGUCAUGUGAUGAUGUUUACAUGUUCUAUUGUUGCUGUUACAAUUGGAUGCUUGUUAAAGGGUACACCUUAAUUGGACUAAAUGUCUGCUACUUUUUUUUAUACAUUACUAGUGUGCAGUCCAUAAAGCCUGAUGUAAUGAAAGAAGUCCUCCAUUAAAGUGACACUAAAUGAAAAAUUUAUUUCAGCAGUGUCAGUAAAUUACCCUUCUGCAAUACCAAAAAAAAAAAUCCACUUUUAUUUCAAAGGAGGCUUGGCAAGCCAGAAAAGACGCAAUUAACACGAAAGAGUGGUGGCGACGAUACCUUGAAGUUCCCGCACCACCUCACCGUGAAAUCAAAUUUUGACAGCGUCUGCUCAGGCCCAGUUCAUUUCUUUUAUCGUUAAAGGUUCACUACACUGUAUUCUAAAGGAGCCGCAAACUGAACCUGGCAAGUUUCGAAAACGUUUAUUGAUCCACAACCGUUCAAAUACGAGAAAACAGAUUGAAAUCUGUGGCGUCACACUAAUGUGCCAGCUCUUGGGUUUCAGUGCAAAAUUUAAAAAAUGAAACCUUCAUCUUCAUUUUCUCUUUUAUUAAUCAGGCUAUAUUACAGCACAGUUAAUGAAAAUAGUGUUUUAAAGAAUACUUUAUCAAUCUAAGCUGAUUUAAUUUUUCUCUUUGGUGUCCCUUUAAUGUUGCCAAAUUACACCUGGUGCAACAAUCUGCCGAUUUUAGGGCAUGAAAAAACAGUGAAACGAGCCCAUCAAAUGUUGUAAUGCGCAAAAUGCUAUGCAGUGUAACUGUCGAAGGGUCAGUAAAAUAUGAGUUAUGCAUGAUAAAUAGAUGACCCGCAUCUCAAUCUUCCUUUCAGUGCCACCACGUGUUGCGUAACUAUUGGUUCAAUGAAACUUUCUAAUUUCUGCAUAUUCAAACUUAAGCCUUUGCUUUUCCACUUAAUUACUGACAAUAAGCACACAUGUAUGCAUAGAGAAAAAAAAAAGAGAAACAAUGUUUUUAAAACAAAAUAUGAAGCUCAUAUUUUACUGGCACUAACACAGCUUUCGUGUUGGAGUAUUUGUGGAUGUCAAGAAAAAAUGCAAUGUUUUGGUCAUGCCAAAGAAUUUACUGUUCCAAGACAAAAUGUGUUAUAAGAGUUAUAAGACAGCACACAUGCUCCUGUACUUAAGUGUAUUAGUCACCUAUAGCUUAGCAACAAAUGUAACUGCACUGCAAAGUAGUUGUAAAAUAUUUGGACAAUAAAUAUAUUUUUGUUUGUUACAAU